ACGUGUAUACGCUUUCAUGGCUUACGCCCCAAGUCAAAACCAAAGCUAUAUAUACUCCCCCCAAAAAUCCCCAAUGCACAAACAAAAUCACAAUUUAUCUAUUUCACUUUCUUCAACCAUUAAAUUGUUCUUAAGAUCAAGAGAAUUACCAUAAUACCAUAAUACCAUGGCAGGAACAGAAGCUUUUCCCGAUUUAGGCAAGCACUGUCAGCUUCCCGAUUGCAAUCAGCUCGAUUUUCUCCCAUUCAAAUGCGAUGGCUGUGAAAAGGUUUUUUGCGUUGAACAUCGAUCGUACAAGUCUCACGAAUGUUCAAACUCGGAUCACAACAGUAGAAAAGUAUUGGUUUGCGAAACAUGUUCGAUGUCGAUGGAGAUUCCAUUAAACAGAAAAGGAGGAGAUUCAGGAGAAGAUGAGAACGUUUUGAUUUUGGAAAAGCAUCGGAAAUCUGGAGAUUGUGAUGCGAAGAAGAAGAAGAAACCCACGUGUGGUGUUAGGCGAUGUAAAGAGAUUCUUACCUUUUCAAACACGAGUACUUGCAAGUCUUGCGACGUAAAAUUCUGUUUGAAGCACCGGUUCCAAUCCGAUCACGCCUGCAAAAGUCACAACUCGCCGGCGGUGGCUGCUGCCGGCGUUGGUGGUGGUGCUGCACGGCCGUUUUUGGUUGCUUUGGCUUCGAGAAUGGGGAAAGAUUGUACGAAGAAAACUGGUGGUUCUUCUUCAUCGGCUUCUACACCUUCUACAUCUGUUAAAGCUUAUUGA